AUCAAGCCAAGCUCCAUGUCAGCCUUCCUUGUCUUCAUCUACCUGGGCAAAGCAGAGUUUAGUGAGAACAACGUCGAGGACCUCUACAUGCUGGCCUGUAGCUUGAAGGUCUCCUCUCUCAAAGAUAUGUGCAAGGAAUACAUGUGGGCCACCCAGAUGUCAGAGGACAGAAUAAAGAUCCCCCAGCUGCUUGUAUUCAGUCACAGAUCUGAAAUGCGAGACCAGUCCAGCAUGGCCGACCUGAGCGGGGAGAAGGUGUACGAAAACAAGGGAAUCAACACCUCACCCCAGCUGAAUUUCAUGGAGGCCUCCACCCAGACCGACAGGUCCACCACCGAGGCGGGUGAAGGGGGGCAGGAGGAAUGGGUCAUGCUCAAAAAGACUAAACAGAAAACAGUCUCCCCUUCUAAAUGUCGGCUGGUCAAAGUCUUCUCAGGGAUCGAAAGUCCGGCUUCUAAUAAAGCUGGCAAGAAGGGCUGGCUGUCACCCAAACGUCGUUACAAAACUGAAAGUCAGAUGGAUGGGAGGGUCAUGCAAAAAGAAGCU